AUAAAAGUCUGUGGAGACUCUGGCGCAACUGCAGUGCAUCUCGCUCUGUGUGUCUCCUCCCAACAACGACGACGACGACGACGCGAUGAGGAUUCAUGUCGUUUUCUUCCUGCUGCUCCCGCUUCACAAGGCGCAGGAACAUGUUGUUAAUGAGUUUUAUCCUCUUGUUGAGAAAAGUCCGAGAAGUUUUGUGGACCCCCCGCAGAGCAACCAGAGCAGGCUGAUGGUGAAGGAACCAUCUCUGCCCAUCAAUGAACUUCUAGAGAAGAGCAGCAGGACCGGAGAGUCCAAAUUCUCCCUUCAUCCUUUACCCUCUGACAUCUGGCCAAAGCACAGCGACCUGGCACCCGUCCCUCGCCACCACGGUCCCCACAACAAGAGCAAGCGAGGCCCCAAGAGCGAGCAGCUGCUGGAGCUGAGCACGGAUAAAACCAGAGGAGAAGUGGCCGGCUUGCUUCCCAAACCUUCUCUGACGGCGUCGACGGCUGCGGCCGCCGACCGCACGGCUCAGCCCGGCAUCGGCCUCCUUCCGCCCGCCGAACCGGAGGGCCAUCCCAACUCUAGACCCAGGAGCGCUCCUCACCCACAGCCUGCUCCAGCACCUUCUCCUCGCAGAGAGCCCCCCAACAGACGUCUGGACCCAGAGGAGAAUCGCCCGGGCAAAGCGGGCCUCCACCAUACCGGUAUUGGAGCGGCAGCGCCUCGGAACAACAGCCGGCCGCCUGUCACCUUCAACCGGCGAUCCUCCAGCCUCCUGUACCAAUUUGACAUUCUCAGACGAGAGUCCGACCUCACCCAUGAUGCUUUCUGCAUGACUGAGUGCAGGAAGGAGAAGGACGAGAGGGAUUACUACUGCUACACCGAGUUUGCUGUCAACGGGGUCGUCCACGACAUCGACGUGCUGCGGAAAGGGAUACGUCUCAUUACUCUGAUGGUGAGCAGCGACGGGUUCUACAAGAUGAGUCGCCUCUAUGCCACCCCUGACAGCUUCUUCUUCAAAGUGCGCCUUCUGGUCCUGGACACGUACAAAUGCAGCAAACCCUGUCCUGACAUCAAACUUGGGACCAGAUACAUUGUUAUGGGCCAAAUCUACCACCGGAGGCGGCAUCUUCCGAAUGACCUCCUGAACCUGCUCGGGGGCCGACUAAAACCAGGCGACGGCAUUCUCAGGAGCAACAACUACGUGAAAAGGUUUAACAAACGGAAGCACCAGAAGGUCUUGGAGGCCACCCGCUCCAAGUGUCGGUGAACCCAAACAUGAGGCCGUCGCCCCCUCCUUCUGCUUGCAAGGGAAAAGACUUUGCAUCUUACGUGAACCGCUUCGAAAUAACCCCUGAGUAUUAUACACCAGAAGGUAAAGAGGCAGCACAAGUAGUGUUUAGCAAGUUUGCCUCUCAGUCGAGAGGUCGUGGGUUCGAAUCUCGGCUUCCGGCCUUCCUGUGUGAAGUUUGAAUGGUCUCUGCGUGCAUGGAUUUUCUCCAAGUACUCCAACUUACUCCCACAUCCCGAAAACAUGCACGU